CGCGGCCCGGGCAGCACGGCGGCUGGCGCUCGGCGGCGGCGGGCUGCGGCCGGGGAUGCUCCAGCGGGUGCGAUGGCCCCCGCCAUGCAGCCGGCCGAGAUCCAGUUCGCUCAGCGCCUGGCGUCCCACGAGAAGGGCAUCCGGGAUCGGGCGGUGAAGAAGCUGCGCCAGUAUAUCAGCGUGAAGACGCAGAGGGAGACAGGAGGUUUCAGCCAAGAAGAACUUCUAAAAAUAUGGAAAGGGCUCUUCUAUUGCCUGUGGGUGCAGGAUGAACCCCUUCUACAGGAGGAGCUAGCGAACACUAUAUCCCAACUCAUCCAUGUUGUUAACAGCUCAGAGGCUCAGCACCUGUUCAUCCAGACCUUCUGGCAAACCGUGAACCGGGAGUGGCCAGACAUCGACGGGCUGCGUCUGGACAAGUACCACAUGCUGAUCCGUCUGGUCCUGAGGCAGUCCUUUGAAGUUCUGAAGCGAAACGGCUGGGAAGAAAGCCGAAUCAAGCUUUUCCUGGACGUCCUGAUGAAGGAGAUCCUACAUCCUGAGAGUCAGUCUCCGAACGGAGUGAAAUUCCACUUCAUCGAUAUCUAUCUGGAUGAACUGUCCAAGGUGGGAGGGAAAGAGCUGCUGGCCGAUCAGAACCUCAAGUUUAUUGACCCGUUCUGCAAGGUGGCCGCCAAGACUAAGGACCAGACUCUGGUACAGACUAUAGCUAGGGGUGUUUUUGAAGUCAUUGUAGAUCAGUCUCCUUUUGCACCUGAAGAGACGGUCGAGGAACAGAAAACCAAAGUGGGUGACAGUGACCUCUCUGAGGAAGAGACGUCUGGAAAUGAGAUGACGUGGAGAAAAGCAAUCAGUAGAAAGAAAACAGCACUGGGCAGAUAUCACUGCAGAAAAGAGGGAGUCGCUGAGGAAGGUGGACGGGGCGGCGGCGGAGGCGUGGAGGACGCCGGGCUGCUUCUCCAGUUUGACUACAAGGCAGUUGCCGACCGACUCCUGGAAAUAACCAACAGGAAGAACAUCCCUCCCUUCAACAGGAAACGUCUCUCCAAGCUAAUCAAAAAAUUCCAAGAUCUUUCUGAAGCAGGCAGUAUCUCACACCUCAGUUUUGCUGAGGACGCUUCUGCUGACGAAGAUGACCAAAGCCUCAGUCAAGGGAGGCAUAAGAAGAAAGGGAACAAACUUCUGGAGAAAACGGACAUGGAAAGAGGGAAAGGAGCCAAGUUCUCUCCUGCCGAGGAAGAGGAGAGCGCAGGCAGUGUUCCAAAGAGAAAAAGGAAAAAGAAGAAGAAGAACCACCUCCGGCCUGAACACUUGCGGCCCGGUGGUGAGGCCACGUGCCCGGAGCAGAAUGGCAGCCGGCAGCCGGAGGCCGGUCCCGGAAGAGCCCAGGAGGCGAGUGCGGCUGAGCUGGGGACAGUGGCCACGUCCUGGCCCCGGGAGCAGAGCGGCUCGGAGCCCGCCUCCGUGCACAGCAGGAGGAGACGACUGAGGAAGAGAAGCCUGAGGGUCCAGGUGGAGAGCCCGGAGGCAGCGGCCCUGGCUGGCGGCGCCCCGGUCCUGAAGAGGACGCGCGAGCUCGGCGCCCUCCUGGUCAACGGCGGUGGCCCGCCCACGCUGGCCUGGCCCCUGCCCCCUCCAGCGAGCCCAGCAGACAGAGGGGACUGCCCUGCCACCCUGCCCCAGGGCGGGAAGCUGAAGAAAAGGAGGAGGGAGUCCGGCGGCCAUGACCUCCACGACCUGUCUGCUCAGAAAGCUGCCGUUUUGAAAAAGAGGAAGAAAGUGAAAGAGAUGUCAAAGUGGGCGGAGCACAGAGGGGUCAAGCUCGUGCAGGCCCUGGUAAGGCGGCCGGGCCCAGGGCAGGGGGCUGGAGCUCCCGGGCGGGAGUGUCAGGGCCCUACCUGCUCAGCCGCAUGCAUGGGCAGGACAGGGGACAGCCAGCCCCGGGCCCAGGGAGCGGUCAUGGCUCCGGACAACCUCUACCAGGGAGCAAGCAGUGACCCCCUCGGUGGCUUCCUCUGCGUCCCCCCAGCCCCCACCCCUCUGGCUCCGCAGAGGCCAGGGCGGGGCCGGCCUCAGUCUGGGGAACUGUCCCUGUGGCCGGUCCCAGCAGAUAAACAGGCAGGUGUGUGUCUCCAGCACACGCUGAUCUCGUUCUUCUUUUUCUACUCGUGGCCAGUCCUGGCAAAUGCAGGAGCCCCAGAUUCUCACCAGAGCCCGAGCCAGCCCCCUUGGCUCCUCCCCAGCACAGGACCCCAGCGUCGCCUUGGCGGUCCCAGCUGCGACUUGGGGUGACGGGGCCUCACUGGGGUUGCAGGGCUGCUGUGACUUUGGUUUCCUCGAUCACGUGAUCAGGGUGGGGUCCUCUGCAAAGACCACAGCUGACAACUUGCAGGUCAGGUGGGCCGGCCUGCGGGGGCCUGGUGAGCAAGGAGGGCUUGCGAGCUUUGCUCCUGGCCCGCUCUCUAACAGAGCUGUAUCAUAAUCAGGCCGCGAGCAAAGCAAGCCUCAGCGUCGUGCUGUUAGGUAGUCGUUGUACCUCGUGGUGGUGGCGUGGUUUGUAGUGUGCUGCCUUUGAUGGGAUCCAUCGAAGCCAAAACUGACGGUGUGAAAAGGUCAGAUUUGAGGACUCAGAUGUUUUUAACUUUUUGUUUUUAAAAACUUGUUUCGUUAUCCUUGGUCAGAUUAUUUUUCUAACAAUUUUUAUUUCAGCGUUCAGGAUGGGUCAUGUAGCCCAAUGGGCCGUAUAAUCCAACGAUGUUAAGAUGUCUUAGCGAGACCAACGGCAAAAAUGGCUUGUUUGUCCUGCAGUUGAGGGCGAGGGCUUUCUUCCUCGCUCUGAUAUGUCAUCUGUCGCUCCUGAGGCCCCAGUGGGGCGUCCUGGACACGUCCUGCCUGGGGCCCAGAGCCCAGGAGUGACAGUGUGUCUUGGAUUCCAUCUCUCCUUCUCUGAAUCUGUCCUGACUUACUCCAGGGUAAGCUCAGUAGGUUUACUGUGGCAUAUUUCUAACGCCUAAGUGUUGGCAACAAAGAAAGAAAAAAUACAGUGUUUUAAAAUUCUCAUUCCAUACACUCCAAGAAUGUAUCACAUAAGGAAAAUGUCUUUACAAUACCAGUUUUCUAUUGGAUGCAUGUUAUUUUCCUAGCUAAAGUUGCCAGGGGGACUUGCAAGUCCAAAAAGGGAAAUAAUUUAAAUUAAUGCUGGUGAUCUUACAGUCUUUUGUAAAGUGAUCAUCUUGCCUCUUACCCCAUAGGACUGAUCAGUUUUGUACAAUUUGGUAUCACACUUUGCAAAUGUAUUAUCCUUUCUAACUUUUGCUGAACUGAAAGCACAAAGAAAAGCAUAAAGAAAAUCGGGAAGCAGUUGCUGGUGUUGGAAGGAAUGUGGAAUUGAAUCUGUCUCUUGACUGGUGUGUGUGCGUUUUCUCUGAAUUUUCCUGACUGCUGGCAAGGCCUGUUCGUUUACAAUCGUUUUGUACCCGUGUCUGCAGGGUUUGUCAGCGCUCGUCAAAGCCAAAUCCAAUAAAACGUCAGUCUUUGCCCUCA